AUGGCUUUGCAGUGGAUGAUCCUGGCUUACGUGGUGGCAGCGGAGGUGGUCCUCGUCUCGCUGUUGACGAUCCCGGCGCCAAAGCUACUCAAGAACCAGCUGGUCUCUCUCGUGUCAUUAAUCCUCCAGCCGGCGAUGUUCAUCGUCCCAUUUGCCGGAUUCCAGCUCCUCGAUAUUUACUGGAAGAAUGAGCAUCGGUUGGUAUGCACGUCGGAGAUUUGCACCGCCACUGAGCGGGAUCGUUACGAGAAAACUAUGUACAAAUCUCAGAGGAAUGUAGUUCUUUGUGCUGCAGCUUGCAUGUUGUACUGGUGUCUUUAUCGUAUAUCCAAGUACCACAAGGAGAUCCAGAGGUUGGAGGAAGUGGAGAAGAGGGCCAAGGAGGAGUAG